UCCCGCCCCGCUCCGCGGCUCCGCCAUCAUGAAGUCCUGAACAAAAAACGGCUGAGAGAGAGAGAGUCGAGCAAAAUGGGGAAAACACCGAACCGGAGAUGAAAUUCACCGACAACAACUAACGUAAUGACAGCACAAAGUGGAGCACGGAGCGGACCCGUGGACACUAAGUCAUUAAUAUCUCAAUGAAACCCUCCCGGGUAUCUCUCCUGUUACGUUAUUUAGUGAGCGCUGUUGCUAACAGCAACUAGCUAGAGCUGGUUGCUAACAGCAACUAGCCAGAGAGCUAGCCUCUGGUUUUCUGUAGCUGGCAGGCGUCAGUCAGCGAGCUGUCACUUUAAUUGACUGGCUCCUGUCAAGUCGUGCAGACGUGCUUAGCUUAGUCCAAUGUACUGAGAGCAUCAGGAUGGAGAGGAGUUUAAGUAAAAGCAUCUGCAGACGCACUGUGGUUUGCUCGUGUUGAAUAGACACCAGAGCAGUGGAGAGAGGAAAAAGGGGAGUGAGAGCAAUAUUUUCCAUCCAGGCCGGUUAGCUAGCUCUUGAGCUAGCUACAGUGGAUCCCAUAAGCCACGGAUCUAAACGCUGCAUAUACUGCUUCUGGUGAAAUUAUGGCGCUGGCCAUGCCAGCGAGUGUGCGGGCCGGGAGCCUGAAGGACCCGGAGGUGGCUGAGCUGUUCUUCAGGGAUGACCCUGAGAAGCUCUUCACGGACCUGAGGGAGAUCGGCCAUGGGAGCUUCGGAGCAGUCUACUUCGCCCAUGACAUCCGCACAAAUGAGGUGGUGGCCAUCAAGAAGAUGUCCUAUAGUGGCAAACAGUCCAAUGAGAAAUGGCAGGAUAUCAUCAAGGAAGUGAAGUUCCUCCAGAAACUGCGCCACCCCAACACGGUUGAGUACCGCGGCUGCUACCUGAGAGAGCACACAGCAUGGCUGGUGAUGGAGUACUGCUUGGGCUCAGCUUCUGACCUCUUAGAAGUCCACAAGAAACCCCUCCAGGAAGUAGAAAUAGCUGCCAUAACCCAUGGUGCAUUGCAGGGAUUGGUGUAUCUUCACUCUCACAACAUGAUUCACAGGGAUGUGAAGGCAGGAAACAUCUUGCUAACAGAGCCAGGCCAGGUCAAACUGGGAGACUUUGGCUCUGCUUCCAUCGUAGCCCCAGCCAACUCCUUCGUGGGAACACCUUACUGGAUGGCCCCCGAGGUGAUCCUGGCCAUGGACGAGGGUCAGUACGACGGGAAGGUGGAUGUGUGGUCACUUGGCAUUACCUGCAUAGAGCUGGCGGAAAGGAAGCCUCCUCUGUUCAACAUGAAUGCGAUGAGUGCCUUAUACCACAUCGCCCAGAAUGAGAGCCCUGUGCUGCAGUCUAAUCACUGGUCGGAUUAUUUCCGCAAUUUUGUGGACUCCUGUUUGCAGAAGAUCGCCCAGGACAGACCUACCUCUGAUGUGCUGCUCAAGCACCAUUUCCUAUGCAGAGAGCGCCCCAUGACGGCUGUGAUGGACCUGAUCGCCCGCACCAAGGAUGCUGUCCGCGAGCUGGACAACCUUCAGUACCGGAAAAUGAAGAAAAUCCUCUUCCACGAGGCACACAACGGUCCCGCACCAGAAGGAGGCGAUGAGGAAGAGGAUGUGGAGCAGUAUAUGCUGCGCACCGGCACUGUCAACAGCAUGGAGAGCUCCCACUCUCUGCCGUCCAUGUCGAUCAGCGCCAGCUCCCAGAGCAGCUCCGUCAACAGCCUGGCAGACGGCUCUGACGACAGCGGGGAGAUGGCCAUGAUGCAGGAGGGAGAGCACACUGUCACCUCCAACAGCUCCGUCCUGCACAAACCCCUGAGCCAUGACAACAUCUACGAUGAUCCCUAUCAGCCAGAGGUUGAUCCACUACGAGAAGCUUCGUCUGCCGGUGGCGGCGUCGUCGUCGUCGGAGGAGGAGGUGGAGGAGGAGGCGGAGGAGGUGGAGGGGGAGGGGGAGGAGGAGGGGGGAGGCGUCGUCGAAACAGAGAUCAUUUUGCCACCAUCAGGACGGCCUCACUCGUCACUCGUCAGAUCCAGGAACAUGAGCAGGGCUCGGCCCUGAGAGAGCAGAUGUCUGGGUACAAGCGAAUGCGGCGGCAGCACCAGAAGCAGCUGAUGGGCCUGGAGAACAAGCUGAAGGCGGAGAUGGACGAACACCAGCUGAGACUGGACAAAGAGCUGGAGAAUCAGAGGAACAGCUUCUCAAUGGAGGGAGAGAAGCUCUCAAAGAAGCACCAAGCGAUCCUUGAGAAGGAGGUGAGCUGGUGGAGGACAAAGGCAGUCCUGACUGAGGAGAAGAAGUUCCAGCAGCACAUACUGGCCCAGCAGAAGAAGGAGUUGACGGGUCUGCUGGAGUCCCAGAAACGGCAGUAUCGACAACGCAAGGAGCAGCUCAAAGAGGAACUGAACGAGAACCAGUCGACACCAAAGCGGGAGAAGCAAGAGUGGUUGGUGCAUCAGAAGGAGUGUCUGCAGCAGCUGCAGGCGGAGGAAGAGUCCGGCCUGCUGCGGCGGCAGAGGCAGUAUUAUGAGCUGCAGUGUCGUCAGUACAAGAGGAAGAUGCUGCUGGCACGCCACAACCUGGAGCAGGACCUGCUCCGAGAGGUACCGGGUUUAUUGGAGCUGAACAAGAAGCAGACUCUGAAGGACUUGGAGUGCGCAAUGCUUCUCCGUCACCACGAGUCUACCCAGGAGCUGGAGUUCCGCCAGCUGGGUUUGGUGCAGCGCACGCGGGCCGACCUGAUCCGCACACAGCACCAGACGGAGCUCACCAACCAGAUGGAGUACAACAAGAGGCGUGAGCAGGAGCUGCGUCAGAAGCACGCCGUGGAGGUCCGCCAGCAGCCCAAGAGCCUCAAAGUGAGUGAGAGCACCGAGAGCCUGUGGUCUCCUGAGGAGGGAGAGGGGCCGAGCGGCGUCUGGGACAGUGAGGCGGGGGUGGUAGGAGGAGUGGAGGGGGAGGACGAGAGGGAUGGCGAGGUGGUGGCUAAGGAGAUGUAUGAUGUUGAGGAUGAGCUCGAUGGAGCAAUAUUUGAAGAUGAUGAAACUUAUACAGGAAUGGAAGGUGCGAGUGUCCCUGUGGUUGACAGGAUAGAUGAGUUAGAUGAGGAGAAUAAAACAAAGGGAAUUGAUGAGGAGUGGAAGGUCAGUGAAGAGGGGACAGAUGUGAGGGAAGUUGAAGGAGUGCAGUGGGAGGACGAGGACGAUGACAGUAAAACUGCACAUGUAGACACUGAUGAAGAGGAGGAAGAGGGCAGGGGCGUUGCCGAUGGCUGUCCAUCAGAGUUCAUUGCAUCCCUGUCCCCGGAGAAGAGACGACUCCGUGAGCGAGUGAUCGAUGAGCUGUCUGAGUUUUACUUCCCUAAUGCUUCAGGGGAGCUGGAGCCCGUCCCCAACGCUCCCCCUCCUCCUCCCCCCGCCCAGACUUCUUUCCCUUCACUCUUCUCUCACGCCAUCUGCCUCCUCCUCUCCCUCUCCGCCGCCGCCCAGCCCUCCAACCUCACUUUGCUGCUCCUCUCCAUCUUCCUCCUCUCCCUCCGCCGCUCGCCUCCUCUGCCCUCGGUGGCCUCCGUUCUCCUCUCCGCUGAGCUCGCCCUCUUGGCGCUCUUCUUCUCGUACCUCUUCCUCCGCUCGUGCUGCUCUCUGUCUCUCUCCACCUACCUGUCGCUCAGCCUCUGGGCCAGCAGCCUCUUCAGUUUAGGACUCUCCCUCAGUUUGGGGAUUUAUUACAUCCCCAUGAUUUUGAUUUCAGCCUCCUUCCUCAGCUCUCCGUCCCUCUUCCUCUCUCUCUAUUUGGUGGUGGUGCUAAUUGUCAGGCCGGCCCGCGAGUUCUUCCAGCACGCACCCCGCAAAGUCAACCGCCUCUGCAUGCGCGUCCUUUUCCGCCUGCCUCGACCCCUGUUUGCCAUGUGCCAGUCAGUCCUCGGCGGUAUGGCCGAGCGUAACCUCUAUGAAAUGUUCCCCAAAGCAGGGCGCAACUGGGGCGGGCGCCAGUCCAAAAUCCCAGUCUCCCUAAAGAGCAUGCCUCUAGAGUAUCAGGCUCGCUGCAGCAACACCUCUCCCUUGGCAAAGGGCCUUCUCUGGGUGAAGCGUUUUGGCAGACGCCCCCUCGGCGUCCUGGCAGACCUCGCUAACACCAUAGUGCUAAAACUUGCUGGGCAGCUCCUCAAAAAGCUGCCGCCCAGCGUCCGGAUCAAACUCCAAACUGUGGGCCUCCUGAAGAAGGAGUACCCGAGCAGGCUGCCCCGGCUGCUGCCCUGGGAGGUCAGAGAGAGGAGGCAGAGGGAGAGGGAGGGGAGGGAGAGGGAGAGAAAGAGGAGGGAAGAGAGGUUGUUUCGUGACGAGGUGACGAGGUGGGAGUGCGGGUUGAGACGAACUUCAUCUGGGAGGUUUGUCAGGGGGAAAGCCCGUCCGUGGAGAUAGCAAGAGUGUGAGACAAGUUGAAGGAAAGAGUGGGAAACGUGCUGGUGGUAUGUGUGUGAGUGUGAUCAUGACCAUGCUCUUUGUUUUAUUGUUCAACCAUCAUUUGUGUGUCUUUUUGAUUUGGGCCCACACGUCUCUCUUGUUACUCCCAAACUGGUUUUUGGUCACAUUUCUUAAAGAUGAGACCUAUUUUAGCCUGCACACAUACACCUGUGUGCACUGGCUGAAAGUGAUUUUGGCUGUUGAAACUUAUCCAAACAUGCCGUACUGUUGAACCAGCGGGCCCUGCAGACGUAAACGUGCAGCUGAACCCACGGCUACUGUACCAAACCCAGUGACGAUUUCAUUAUUGUGCUUUUUGUAAAAGUUUUUUUUUAUUAUUUUAUUAUUAUUUUGCUCUUAAUUUGUAAGACAAAUAUUUUUAUGGUUAUUUUUAAGACCGGUUUUGUGCAAUCUUUUGUUUUUCUUUAUAGUGGUCUUAUUUCAUUGGGAGCACUAUUAUCUCAGUGCUUAGAACAAAGAUUACAGUGUUGCGUAGCGUCACGGCUAUAAUUUCACUCCCCAAAGCUGAAUACUGUGAAAUAAACAAGCCUAAUGAAUUCACUAAACCUGAACACUAUCCCUCAGUCGGUAUAAAAGUGCAAUAAACAGCUGAAUAGAAAUAUCUGGGACCACUGUAGGACAUUUGAUAUCAUUUUGAAGUUCCUCUGUUUAGAAGUCAAAGUGGAAAAUAGUUAGUGGAAGGUCUGACGUUACAGGACUCAAAAUAAUAAACUUUUGGGCCAUUUAGCUGGAACAAUAAGCAUAUCCAGCUCAGUGUUUCAUCAUUGAAACACAUCAUUGGUUAUUAUUUUUCAUUAUCUUUCAGAUUCUAGUUAGAUAUACUAUUGAUAUUGCGCUUUAUGCAAUAAUCUUCUUAUGAUUUACCAUGUAAACAUUUAGUUAUUUUCCCCCUUAAUAAUCCUAUAAAUGUGCAGCAGUUGAGUGCCUAGUUAGUUACAACUGUUUGUACAAAUGUUAAAGUCUCUUGUGAAGUGACAUAUCCUAAAUUUACGGAUGGAAACAUAAGAAAGCAGGAUAUACUUUGGAGUAGUGAAAGUAUAAUAUAAUAUAAUUAAAAAACAUAUUUAAGAUUUCAAUGAUGCUUAAUUUUUAUGAAGCCAUAUAGACAAUCUUUUGCGACACGCAAUCAUAAAAUAAGUCCGAAGGUUGAUGCAACUACUGAAUGUGAAAGUUCACCAUCAUAUGAAAAAGAAGAUAUCCAGUAAUAACAGACAUCUUUUGAAUUUGCACUGUCCCAAAGACCAUUUAAAGAAAAUUCUAGAUGUGGGAUAACGAAUCACUUUAGUUCAGGGCAAUUAUUUUCAUUAAUGAUUAAUCUGCCAAUAUUAAAAGUUUAACCUAUGAAACAUAAAAAAAUUAUGAAAAAAUGCCAGUAUGGACCCAGGUGAUGCCUUCCAAUAUCUUGUCUUGUUUGACCAAAAGUCCAAAACCCAAAGAUAUUCAGUUUACAUUGAUAUAUGAAAGGGAACAAAUUGAAUUGAGAAGAUGGAACCAGAGAAUAUUUGGCAUUUUUUUCACUAUUUUUGCUUAAAAACAAUUAAUCUGUCGAUCGAUUAAUCACUUCAGCUCUACUUCAGUCGGACCAAAAAGAAACUCGACAGUUAAUAGCGCCGUUUUUGAUGUCAUGCUCUUGCAAUUUUGAGGACCGAAACACCAAAAUGCUCUGAUAUGUAUAUUUAAUUUAAUGAAGUCAAAAUAACCAAUUUUAGGAGAAAAUAUGCCUAGACCUGAGAGUAUAAGAAUUUUAAAAUGUGCAUAUUUGCAGGGGAAGUCUGGUUAAGAUGAGUAAAAUGCAUUAGUGCCUAUAAAUGCUUUUAAUGUAGGAAAAAGCCGUGUACUGUACUAUACCACAGAAGGACGACAUUUGAGCCAUUUACAUGGAGGAAUAUUGCUGAGUAGGAAAACUCAAUCUUAACUGUAUUUGACCCAGAGGGAAGAAAAAAGUCGGGCACUUCUUUUGGGGUGACCUGCAUUUGAGAAGUGUAGCUUUAAAAAAAAAAAAAAAGACAUUUCACAACAAACAUUGUUUUAUUUGAAUGUAACUUAUUUGCCAUUGAUUUAUCAGUUAUUUCCUGUUCCUCUGUGUAUGUUUACAUGUUUGUAAUUCUGUUUUGUUGUGUUUCCACAGAGUUGUAUCACCUUGAGUUUUUUUUAUAUAUAUUUUAUUUAUGCAGUAUUUAUAAUUUAUAAGUACUGCAUCCUGUUUGGAAGCCAUUUUGUUGUCCUUUUAUUCUCAUUUUAGCUGCAUGAGUGUUGGUCGUACUGUAUGUUGGCUGUGUGCUCAAAAAGCAUAGAGAAAUAUUUUGUCAUACUUUUCAGAUUUUUUUUUUUUUUCUUUACACAAAAAAAUAAAUUCUUUUGUGUGAAAA